AUGUCCGAAGCGGCCGCCCCUUCGGCGGACACGCUUGCGCCGCCGGCCAAGGAGCGCUCCAACUCGGCCGCCUCCAGCCGCAGCAACUCGAGCAGGCGUGGCCACCGGUCGCGCGACUCGUCGGCGUCCGUGUCCCGCUCUAAUUCGCAUUCGUCCGGUGGACACAGCGACAGGCGAAAGAACAAUGGCAACACCACCACCAUCUCAGGGGGUACCUCGCUUGGUGGCAACAAGGCCGCUGCCCUCAUCAUGGCCGGUGUCACUGGCACUGGUGACUCGAAGCAGCAGCAGCAGCGGACAAGGACAAAGGGUGACGCUAGCAAGCAGUCCAUCAGUCGCAGGUCCUCUGUAAAGGCCGCGCCACCACGCCCGUCGUCCGCCAACAAGGACAAGCAGCAGCAGCAGCAGCAGCAACAGCCGGGCCCUGCUGCGGUGGCUUCCACCGCCGUGGCGGUUCCUAUUGCUAUCCCAAUCGAACCCACCGCAGAGCAGCAGGUCCGUUCGCUCCACACCACCACCUCUCCUCCUGUCACUGCCAUGGAGGCGGCCGUCACUGCUGCCACCAAGAAGCACGUCGAGACCCACGGGGGUGACGCUCUCAGCAGCCUGCAGCGGAUGAUCUCGGACCUCAAGGCCAUCUCGCCCACCAGCUCGAACCCCGGAUCGCGCAACGUCAGCGCCAGUGGCAAGGACAAGCUCGACAGCGCUUCGUCGACCUCGUCUACCCAUGCCGCGUCCGAACCCGUCUCCAUCCCUUCCCCUACGUCCAGCACGAGGCUCAAGGCCGACGCGCCCAGCUUCACCCCCGGUUCGUUGCGUAGCGGUACAUCACCCACGACCUCGACGACGGGAGCCGCUCCGCAGCAGCCUGGCGGCUCCGGGCGCUCGGCUCGCCGCACGUCCAACGCAUCUGCCACUGGCUCGUUCACGGGCGCCUUUGGACCCACCUCGCCCCUCCAGGCGGGCUACACUCAACUGCCCCACUUCCCGCUCGCCAGCGCUGGGUUCCAGAACCCUCAGGACGGCGGCGAGGGCUUCCCGUACUCGCAGCACUCGGACAUGUUCCAGCAACAGCAACUCCUCGCUGCCCAGCAGCUUCAGCUGCAGAUUCUCCAGGCACAGAUUGUCCAGCAGCAGCUCGCGGCCCAGCAGCAGCAGCGCGAGCAGGGCUUUAUCGCUCCCCGCUUCCAGGCUCUCGCAGCCCAGCGUGCUGCUCUCCAGCAGCAGCAGCAGCAGACCGCGCAGCUCGCCGAGGCCCAGCGUCUCUUUGAGAUGCACCAGCAGCAGCAGCUCCUGUUCGCCCACCAGCAGCAACAGCAGCCUGGCGGCGACGGUGCUCGUCCCGACAUUCCCUUGAUUAGCCCGCCAGCAGUCUUUGAGGAGGACUCGCCCGAGCCCACUCCUACUACCCUCGGCCCGACCGGCAGGCCCCAGCUCAACCCUGGGUUCACCUUUGGAAAGCGGCGAGAGAGCGGCAACGCCGACGACAAGAGCCGUCGGAGCGAGGCCGCUGCGACGCUCGGCGGCCUUGCGGCCCGUGCCCACAAGCGCUCGGGCAGCGAGAUCACUCCUGCCAUGGAGGAGCAGCUCGAGAUCCAGAGGCAGAUUGAGGCUCUCCAGAUGAAGCAGAAGGAGCUCAUCAACCGCGACCUCGCACCUGGCGACAAGGACCCUCGUCACCGCCGUACCAUGUCCAACGUCUCGUCGGGCUCGGCCGCCGGUGGGCCUCCCGGUCUCGACAGCAUCGCCAGCUCUAUUCUCGCUCAGCAGCCCGGCCAGCCCGACAGCAAGAUGUCCCGCUCGUUCCAGGACGUCCAGGCUUCUGGAGGCUUCAGCGGCGCUGGCAGCCACUCGCGCCGCCACAGCAUGUUCACCAAGGGUGCUGGCUCUGGUGCCGGUUUCGGCGAGUAUGUCAUCGACGACGGUGGCUCGAUCAGCAUCCCCGCAGGCGCUUUCGGCCACCACCGCGGCGGCUCUCGUGCCGGCAUGGAGUCUGGCAACUGGCGCAACGGCGGCGGUGGUGGUGGUGGUCCCGGCGGCAACACUGGUACCACUGCGGACCUCGCGUCUGCCCAGGCCCAGCUUGCCUCGCUCGCCCAGUUCCGCGCUGCUGCCGGCAGCGGUCACGCCAAGAUGGCCUCGUUCAGCUUCCCCAACAUGCUGCCCAACUUGCUCGUUGCCACGACCCUCCAGAACCCCUCUGGCCAGUCGUCGCUCUGGCAGCAGCAGCAGGCGUUCCAGAUGCAGCUCCAGCAAAACGCCCAGGGUCCCCAGCGCAAGUCGCUAUUUGCACCCUACCUGCCUCAGGCCUCGCUGCCGCCUCUUCUCUCGGCCGGCAAGCUCGUCGUCGGCAUCCUCCGUGUCAACAAGAAGAACCGUUCCGACGCCUACGUGGCCACCGACGUCCUCGACGCCGACAUUUAUAUUUGUGGGUCCAAGGACCGCAACCGUGCCCUUGAGGGCGACAUUGUCGCUGUCGAGCUCCUCGAUGUCGACGAGGUCUGGACGACCAAGAAGGACAAGGAGGAGAAGAAGCGCAAAAAGGAGGAGAGCUACGACAUCAAGCCCUCUGCUGCCAAGAAGCUCGAGAAGAAGAAGGACGACAUCGAGGUCGAGGGCCAGGGCCUGACUCUGUUCGAGGACGAAGAGGUCAACGACGACACCAAGCCGACUUAUGCCGGCCACGUCGUCGCUGUUGUCGAGCGCAUGCCUGGCCAGCUGUUCUCUGGCCAGCUCGGCGUGCUCCGCCCCUCUUCUGCUGCUACCAAGGAGAAGCAGGAGGCCGAGCGUCGCGAGCGCGAGGGUGACAAGAAGUCGAACGAGAAGAGCGAGCCCGAGCCCCGUCCCAAGAUUGUGUGGUUCAAGCCCACCGACAAGCGCGUCCCGCUCAUUGCCAUCCCUACCGAGCAGGCCCCCAUCGACUUCAUCGAAAACCCCGAGGCGCACACCAACAAGCUCUUUGUGGCUACCAUCAAGCGCUGGCCGAUCACCUCGCUCCACCCCUUCGGCACCCUCGUCGAGGAGCUGGGCCCUAUUGGCAACGUCGAGGUCGAGACUUCGGCCAUUCUCAAGGACUGCAACUUCCCCACCGAGGAGUUUACCGACGUGGCACUCAAGUGCCUCCCGCCGCUGCCCUGGACCAUCCCCGACCGCGAGUACGAGGUUCGCCUUGACCUGCGCGAGGACUGCGUGUUCUCCAUCGACCCCACGGGCGCUCGCGACCUCGACGAUGCGCUCAGCAUCAAGACCAACGAGGACGGCAGCUACAGCGUCGGUGUUCACAUUGCCGACGUGUCGUACUUUGUCAAGACCAACACGGCGCUCGACCGCGAUGCCCGCAAGCGCGCCACUUCGGUCUACCUCGUCCAGCGCGCCGUCCCCAUGCUGCCGCCUCUCCUCUGCGAACAGCUCUGCAGCCUCGUCCCCGACGUCGAGCGUCUCGCGUUCUCGGCCAUGUUUGUCAUUGACAAGGAGGGCAACGUGCUUGAAAAGUCGUUCCGUCGCUCCAUCGUCAAGUCGACUGCCCAGCUGUCGUACGCCGACGCCGCCGCCGUCAUUGCCGGCAACGAGCUCCCGGCCACUGCCAACGUGAGCAUUGCGCACCCGGCGUCCAAGGUCGAGGGCGACAUCAAGCUCCUCCACGACCUGGCCACCAAGCUCCGCGCCAAGCGUAUGGACAAUGGCUCCAUGUUCUCCAACCGCUCCAAGCUGUCGUUUGUCCUCGACGACACUGGCCGCGCGAUCGACACGUCCGUCUCGGAGCGCAACGAUGCCAACAACCUCGUCGAAGAGUUUAUGGUCCUCACCAACAUUGCCGCCGCUGCCGUCGUCGCCAACGCGCUGCCCGAGCAGGCCCUCCUGCGCCGCCACGAGGCCCCCGCCGAGCGCCGCAUGGACGCGUUUGUCCAGCGUGCCAAGCGUUUGGGCUACGCCAUUGACCCCAAGAACGCCGGCACCAUCCAAAAGUCGUUCAACAAGAUCACCGACCAAGAGGCCGUGUACGCCCUCUCUGUGCUCGAGAAGAAGUGCAUGCCCACGGCCCGCUACUUCUGCACGGGCAUGCUCGACAUUGCAAAGUUCUCGCACUGGGCGCUCAACGCACCCCUGUACACGCACUUUACCUCGCCCAUCCGCCGUUACGCCGACGUUCUCGUCCAUCGCAUGCUCGACGCCAUUGUCUCGAACCAGUCGUCCAACAGCGACGUCAAGUUCCACAUGGACCGCGACCAGGUGGCCAAGUGCGCGCAGCAGUGCAACAUUAAGCGGUCGUCUGCCCGUCUCGCCGAGGACCAGUCGGCCCACCUGUACCUGUGCAUGCUCAUCUCCGACCUGUCGGAAAAGUACGGCCCUGUCAUUCGCCACGCGCGCGUCACUGCCGUGUACGACCAGGCCUUUGACGUUGUCAUUCCCGAGUUUGGCCUCGAGAAGCGUGUCCACGUCGACAAGAUGCCCCUCAAGACCUCGACGUUUGACGAGCACAAGAACGUUCUCAGCCUGUACUGGACCACCCAGGAUGUGCUCCUCUUCCUGACCCAGUCCAACGAGGACGAGCACCUGCUCAAGAUCAAGCAGCGCGUCGAGGGCCAGGCGACGGGCGCCACACAGGCUGCCGACGCCAACGCCCUGUUCGACGACUCUGACGCUGUCACCGUGGCCGAGACGAGCGCGCAGUACCAAAAGAGCGCGGCGCACACCCCGCUGGUCUUUGAGGGCCUGCGGGACGGCGGCAACCACCGUAUCCAGGACGUUAAGGAGUUUAGCUCCUUGCCGGUGAUCAUCACCGCGGACAUGUCCAAGAGCCCGCCCGUGCUGGUCAUUUAUGCCUGCAACCCGUACGCCGCGACCUAA